AGGCAGGUCAGUGCUCAAUGUUGCGGCGGCGCUGCGUGGCACUGGGCACCGACUGGCUCUGACUGCACCACACACACAUGACUUCAGUUGUGAAUGGCCCCCGGCACAUUGCACAUUUGGCGGGCGAAAAGUAGCUGUCAGUCCGGGCACCGCUACCUGCUGCAGACCGUGUUCGCGCUGCGUAAGCCCAUGGGUGUCGCUACAGUGACCGUCUUCUGCAUUGGGACUGAAUGCAGCCGCUUUGAUCAGUGCAGUUAUUUUCAGAGUCACUCGCUCAAGCUAUUUCGGACCGAUUGGAAACGUGCAGACCGGUCGGGUGGUUUGGAUUGAGGAGCCGCACGGAGCGCUGCUGCAGACACGGCGGCUACCUGGGCAGGGGAUCAGGCUCGGAUGUGAUGCCAAAAAACUGUCCAGAAAAACAAAGGCUCAAGUCUAGGAAAAGAAAACUGUUUGGUGUGCCCUCUGGAGAGGGAUCGGGACUGUGGCUCAGUCCAGCGAAAUGUAGCGCCUCACUGCCCUGAAAGACGGAUUUUGGAGACCUGCCUGCUGUGUCUACUCAUGAUCUUUCUGUAGUGUAGUCCAGGGCAUCUGCUGCAGUCAUGUUUAGGAACAGCUUGAAGAUGUUGCUGACAGGAGGGAAGGCCAACCGCAAGAGUCGCAGCAGCGAUGGCGGGAGCGAGGACUUGGCAGACCCCCGCUCGCCCGGUCUAGACCCUCACCUGAGCCACAUCGGCCAAGGUGGCAGCUUAGACAGCGACUGUGCCUUUGAAGGAGACUACGCUGUACCGCGGAUCUCCAUGACCGAGGGCAUGCAGCACAUUCGCAUAAUGGAGGGCGUGUCCCGCUCGCUGCCCUCCUCCCCGCUGCUCACCCACCAGACCAUCAGUGUCAGGCUGCAGCCCGUGAAGAAGCUCACAGCCCCUCUGCGGAAAGCAAAGUUUGUGGAGAGCCCUCGCAUUCCACAAUCAGAGCUUGGCUCCCCUACACACACCUCCACCACUGCCAAGAACCCAGACCUGGACACAUUCUGCCCUGGGGAGUCAAGCCGGGAGCUGGGCCCCCCUCCGUCGGUGGAUGAGGCAGCCAACACAUUGAUGACGCGCCUGGGUUUCCUUCUGGGAGACAAAGUGAGCGAGGGGCCAGCCGGUACCCAGUACAGCAUGGAGGAACUCGAGGCAAGACAGGGCCAGAACCAGAGGAUCAGCCCGUGCUCCACCCUGACCAGCAGCACCGCCUCCCCCCCCGCAGGCAGCCCCUGCUCCACCCUCCCUCCUGCGAUGCCUGGCCAGGCCGGCAACAGAGACUGUGCCUACGGCUCGGUCACCAGUCCCACCUCCACCCUGGAGAGCAGGGACAGCGGGAUUAUCGCCACACUGACCAGCUACUCAGAGAACAUGGAGCGAGGCGGGAAAUACGGCGAGGGCUCCCGGGGAAACCUGAAGCUGUGGCAGUCCCAGAAAUCAGGCAUGGACUCGUUCCUGUACCGGGUGGAUGAAAACAUGACCGCCUCCACCUACAGCCUCAACAAAAUCCCUGAGCGCAACCUGGAGAGCAUGUCCUCCCACUCCGCCCACUCCAUCCCUCUGUACCUCAUGCCCCGCCCUAACUCUGUGGCUGCUACCAGUUCAGCCCACCUGGAGGACCUGGCAUACCUGGAUGAGCAGAGACACACUCCAUUACGCACCUCGCUGCGCAUGCCCAGACAGAGCACCACCUGCGGGCCGGGUCGCUCCGGGCAGGACCUGAGAGCUUCCGCUAAUAACACCCAUGCCUGGCAAUCCCAGUCACUGCGUUUUGCACCGUAUCGGCCUCAAGACAUCGCCCUCAAACCGUUGCUGUUCGAGGUGCCCAGCAUCACCAUGGACUCGGUCUUCACAGGCCGGGAGUGGCUGUUCCAGGAGAUCGACGCGCACCUCAACAGCCCCAACGCCAGCACCAACCGCGGCGUGGCGGUCGUGGGCAACAUCGGCUUCGGCAAGACCGCCAUCAUCUCUCGCCUGGUGGCACUCAGCUGCCACGGCACCCGCAUGAGACAGAUAGCCUCCGACAGCCCUCAGAACUCACCCAAACAUGGAGAGGGGCUCCCUCUCACCCAGCCUCAGCCCACGCACGGCACCCUGGGAGGAGGCAGCUGUCCCGGGACCCCCGAGAUGAGGCGACGUCAGGAAGAAGGCAUGAGGAGGCUGGCGUCACAGGUGGUGGCGUACCACUACUGCCAGGCAGAUAACGCCUACACCUGCUUGGUGCCUGAGUUCGUGCACAACGUGGCGGCUCUGCUGUGCCGCUCGCCGCACCUCGUGGCCUACAGGGAGCAGAUGCUGAGGGAGCCGCACCUACAGAGCAUCCUCAGCCUGCGCUCCUGCGUCCAGGACCCCCUGGCCUCCUUCAGGAGGGGGGUGCUAGAGCCCCUGGAUACACUUUACAAAGAGAGGAAGAUCAACUCUGAAGAGGACCUCAUCAUCCUCAUAGACGGUCUGAAUGAGGCAGAGUUUCACAAGCCGGACUACGGAGACACCAUCGUGUCCUUUCUCUCCAAAACCAUCAACAAGUUCCCUCCCUGGCUAAAACUGGUGGUCACAGUCAGAACCACGCUACAGUUACUGCCUGUUCAGGAGAUCACCAACGCGCUGCCGUUCCACCGCAUCUCUCUGGACGGCCUGGAGGAGAACGACGCCAUAGACCAGGACCUGCAGGGCUACAUCCUGCACCGCAUCCACAGCAGCCCCGAGAUUCAGAACAACAUCUCGCUCAACGGCAAGAUGGACAACACCACCUUCGGCAAGCUCAGCGCCCACCUCAAGGCCCUGAGCCAGGGCUCCUUCCUGUACCUCAAGCUCACCUUUGACCUCAUCGAGAAGGGCUACCUUGUUCUCAAAAGCUCCAGCUAUAAGGUGGUUCCAGUCAACCUGGCGGAGGUUUACCUGCUGCAGUGCAACAUGCGCUUCCCAACACAGUCAUCGUUUGAGAGGGCACUUCCUCUGCUCAAUGUGGCCGUGGCCUCGCUGCACCCGCUCACCGAUGAGCAGAUUUAUCAGGCCAUCAACGCUGGCUCGCUGCAGGGCACGCUGGACUGGGAAGACUUCAUGCAGCGUGUAGACAACCUGUCAGUGUUCCUGGUGAAGAGGAGGGACGGCACCAGGAUGUUUGUUCACCCGUCCUUCAGGGAGUGGCUCAUCUGGAGAGAAGAAGGAGAGAAGACAAAGUUCCUCUGCGAUCCGAGGAGCGGUCACACCCUACUGGCCUUCUGGUUCUCUCGGCAGGAGAACAAGCUGAACCGACAGCAGACUAUUGAGCUGGGCCAUCACAUCCUCAAAGCACAUAUCUUCAAGGGUCUCAGCAAGAAAGUGGGAGUUUCCUCAUCCAUCUUGCAGGGCCUGUGGGUCUCCUACAGCACGGAGGGUCUCUCUGCUGCGCUCUCUUCUCUGAGAAACCUCUACACUCCCAACAUCAAGGUGAGCCGGCUGCUGAUGAUGGGGGGGGGCAAUGUGAACUACCGUACGGAGGUGCUGAACAACGCCCCCGUGCUGUGUGUCCACUCCCACCUGGGCUACAUGGACAUGGUGGGUCUGCUGCUGGAGUACGGCGCCUCGGUCGACGCUCCGUCUGAAAGCGGCCUCAUGCCUCUGGGCUACGCCGCCGCUGGGGGACACAUGGCCAUCGUGACCGUGCUCUGCCGCAAGAGAGCCAAGGUGGACCACCUGGAUAAGAACGGGCAGUGCGCUCUGGUUCAUGCAGCCCUGAGGGGCCACAUGGAGGUGGUGAAGUACCUCAUCCAGUGUGACUGGAGCAUGGGGCCGCCACAAACACAACAACAGGCGACCUUCACCAAGAGCCACGCCGUCCAGCAAGCCCUCAUCGCUGCAGCCAGCAUGGGUUACACAGAGAUUGUGUCCUACCUGCUGGACCUGCCAGAGAAAGAUGAAGAGGAGGUGGAGCGAGCUCAGAUCAAUAACUUUGACACCCUGUGGGGGGAGACAGCUCUGACGGCGGCCUCGGGUCGGGGGAAGCUGGAGGUGUGUCGGCUGCUGCUGGAGCAGGGGGCUGCCGUGGCCCAGCCCAACAGACGGGGCAUCGUCCCGCUGUUCAGCGCCGUCCGACAGGGACACUGGCAGAUCGUGGACCUCCUCCUCACACACGGAGCAGAUGUCAACCUGGCAGACAAGCAGGGUCGUACUCCUCUAAUGAUGGCUGCCUCCGAGGGACACCUGGGCACUGUGGAGUUCUUACUAUCGCAAGGAGCCUCUCUGUCGCUGAUGGAUAAGGAGGGUCUGACAGCACUGAGCUGGGCCUGUCUGAAGGGACAUCUCCCCGCCGUGCGCUGCCUGGUGGAGAGCGGAGCGGCCACCGACCACGCAGACAAGAACGGACGCACGCCCCUCGACCUGGCCGCCUUCUACGGCGACUCGGAAGUGGUCCAGUUCUUGGUGGACCACGGGGCCCUGAUAGAGCACGUAGACUACAGCGGGAUGCGUCCCCUGGACCGGGCGGUGGGCUGCAGGAACACGUCGGUGGUGGUCGCCCUGCUCAAGAAAGGAGCUAAGAUAGGAUGUCAGACGCUGCCCAGUCGGCCCCGAGGUCCAGCCACGUGGGCCAUGGCCACCUCCAAACCCGACAUCAUGAUCAUCUUACUCAGCAAGCUCAUCGAGGAGGGGGACAGCUACUACAAGAAGGGGAAGGUGAAGGAGGCGGCGCAGCGUUAUCAGUAUGCCCUCAAAAAGUUUCCACGCGAAGGCUUCAGCGAGGACCUCAAGACGUUCAGGGAACUCAAAGUAUCGCUCUUCCUCAACCUGUCCCGAUGUCGGAGGAAAAUGAACGACUUUGGGAUGGCUGAGGAAUUUGCUACAAAGGCACUCGAACUGAAACCAAAAUCCUAUGAGGCAUAUUAUGCCAGAGCACGCGCCAAGCGUAGCAGCAGACAAUUCCCUGAAGCCUUAGAGGACCUGAAUGAAGCCAUGAGGCAGUGCCCCAACAACCGAGAGAUCCAGAGGCUGCUCCAGAGGGUGGAGGAGGAGUACCACAUGCUGAGCCAGGAGGAGCACCAGCAGCAGGCCCUGGAGCUGGAGCCCCCUCCCUCCCCUCCUCCUACGCCUCCCCCCGAAGACGAGGAGUCCCUGUCCCUCUGCCUGUCCAUGCCUCUUCCUCCUCCCCCCGAGCCGCGCCUGGAGGACAUGGAGCCCGUCCAGGACCUGUUUGAGGACGAGGACUACCUGGAGCAGGAGCUGGAGGCCAUGUCCGCGUGUCUGCCCCCACCCGAGUCCCACAGCAACCCCUCCAGCCUCCCCAUCAUCCACAGCCCCCCGCUCUCCCCCACACACCCAGAUCAGAUGUACCUGACCGGGGGGUCGCCCAUGGGCCAGCCCUACGAGUACCACCCCACCUCCUCCUCCUCCAUGUCCUCUCCAACCCGCGGCUCCUACAACCCCACCUCGCCCUCCCUCUCCCCGACGCAUCAGAACCACUACCGGCACAGCCCCCCCCACACCUCCCCGGUGCACCAGUACGGCUACAGCCCGCCUUCUAUGGGUCCUGGGGGUCAGGGGAUGGACCACCAGAGCCCACCGCCUUCCCCUCUCCGCCGGGCCGCUCAGUACAGAGCCAGUCCGCCUGUAGAGAGCGUGUGUAUGUACAGGUCCCAGUCCGGGUCUCCUGUGCGCUACCAGACGGAGCAGCUGCCGGGCCGGCCCAAGUCCCCGCUCUCCAAGAUGAGCAGCCAGCGGUCCUUCCAGCUGAGCUCCCAGCCCUCCCUGUCCUCCCAGCACCACCAGGCCCAGGGCCUCCGCCUCCAGCCUUCUAUAGCCCAGAUAGUGCGCACAAACCAGCCCAGUGUGAUGGGCAACAGCCUGUAUAGCGGUCAGAUGGGCCACUCCAUGGGGGGCCGCUACCAGGGGGGAUCCGUGGAUGUAGAGAGCAGGUUGGUGUACCAGCCCUCGCUGGAUGGACGGUCCAUGCCCCAGGUUCAGGCCAGCCUCAGCUCUGGGGCCCUCUGUCAGCACGGGGGCCGAGGAGGGGUUAUGGAGUCCGGCUUGUUGAAGGAUGAGCUACCCCAGCGCCCCUCCUCUGCCUACCGCGCCAGCAGCGGGGGCCCGGGGGGCAUCCGUUACAGCCAAACACCUCAGAUCAGCCGCAGCCAGUCAGCUGCCUACUACCCUGUCUCUGAACACGUGCUGGAGCGGGUCAACGUCAUGCCCCCCUGCCAGCUGGGCUCCCCCGAGAUCCCACACAUGGUGAGACGCCCCGUCAGUGCCAAUACUACUGAGAUGAAGCCGCAUGUGCCCACCCCGAGGCCCCUCAUCCACUCUCAGAGCGUGGGCCUCCGGUUCUCCCCCUCCAGCAACAACAUCUCCACUGGAUCCACCUCCAACUUAGCGCCGGGCUUCAGGCCGUCCUCCUCCAUUCAGCAGAUGGAGAUCCCCCUGCAGGCCUCGUACGAGCGCUCCUGUGACGACAUGUCCCCCAUCUCUCCCUCCCAGUAUCCAGGGGAAUCCACCCGCUCUCGGAACACGCCCUUCAUGGGCAUCAUCGACAAGACGGCGCGGGCCCAGCAGUACCUGCACCAGCCCACGCGCUCCAGGAACAUGACGUCCAUGGACUCCGCCAUCAGCCCGACGUCACCGGGGCAACUGGUCCAGCAAGGCUCCACCUACAGCCCCCCCGCCUCGCUGGGCAACAUCGCCUACUACAACAAGACCAACAACGCCCAGAACGGACACCUGUUGGAGGAGGACUACUACACCCAGCCGCCCUCACUGGGGAAAAUGGCCAACGGCUCCCGCGGUGGGGGGGACAUCCUGGAACGGGUCAGCCAGGUGCCCACCUACCCCGACGUGAAGGUGGCCAGGACUCUGCCCGUGGCUCAGGCCUACCAGGACAACAUGUACCGCCAGCUCUCGCGGGACUCCCGCUCCCAAGGCCCCACCUCCCCCAUCAAACCAAAGAGACCAUUUGUGGAGUCGAAUGUGUGAUGGCCCGCCUGUGAUUGGUUGAGUGGGCUGGGGUGUGUUAGUGGGAGUGAGAGGAGAAAAAUAUUUAGCUUGACAGGAUAUGAUGCUGAACAUUUGUGUAUGUGACAUGUACGAACCUAAAGAACUCAUCAGAGAGAGAGAAAACGCGUAGGAGAUUAGACAUUAUCUUAAACAAGAAGAAUAACUAACAUUGAGAAGCGAUUCUUUCAUUAUCAUAAACCGUCACACACGGGAUAACAGGAGUUCUAAUACUGAAUCAAAGACCAGUGCACUUCCAAAACGUCACGUGGCACAAAGUCCCACCAGGUGAACACAUCGGGUGGGACUGCAGGAGUGAAAGUACUCAUCAUCGGACUCUUCUCGUGGACUGUAUCCAUCUUCUGUUCUUUCAAAGUGUGCUCUUAACCGAGGUUGCUAGUAGGCUCUAUUCUAUGUAAUACAAUAUUCUAUGUUCAAUACUGUACAUUGCUCAGAAAAUACAAAUGGCUCAACAACUCAGUACUUAGAGAAAAAUUACAAUAUUUAUAAUUAAGUUAUAUAUUGUACAUAGAAAGAAAAGCAUAGUUUGCGUUUGAAUUGUAUUUGUUAACCCUGCCUUUGUGUCCCACUGCUAGUCAUAUGGAUGAGGAAAUUAGACCAGGGCAAGGAGGGACAUGGAACAACUCUGAAUGAUAUACUCACCUCUGUGUCAUAAUAAAAAAGAGUUUGUUGUGGCUUAAUGCAAGAAAAUGCAGAUUACUUUUAAAUGUAAAAUUACAUUUGAAGAUGUUUUGAAGUAAAAUGUCAUAAUAUAGCAACAUGCCCAAAUCUGAUCCAACAUGAGGUCUUCAAAAGUUACGUUUUGUCCGACCAACAGUCCAAAAUCCAACAAUAUUCAGUUAACAGUGCAACAAAUCCUCAUAUUGUAAGCUAGAACAAGAGAUGUGUUGAAUUAAUAGUAAUAUUGAUAUUAUAAUUGACUUACAAUCAAUAGUUUUUGACUCCCAGUUGCACAAAGUGUAUAAAAUAAUGUUAAGAUCGUAAAGUCUCGCUUUUAUUUACAGGAUAAUGACCCUAUCACAGACCUCAUUAGCAUCAAGGCUUUAAUAACGUUUCCUGACAUAUUGGACUAGCUCCCUGUCAAUAAGCAGCUUUGAAUACUUGCUUACAUGAUGCAGAAUUAAUACAAACCUGGCUUGAAGAUAGAUUGCUAUAUUUAAGCGUAAAUGAAUGCAGGUCAUAUGAUGCAGAGGUGAAUAUAUGAUGUGGUACAUGAGUAUCAAAGUUCCUCUCUGCCCCCCCUCCUCUGUGACAGUGUUCCUUAGAGAGAGUACAGUACAUAUGCUAGUGAUGGGCUAACAUGGAUAGCGCUCAGCGAUUAAAAGCAAGCAAAUGCAUACACGACCACCGUUACCGACCUCCCCCUUCCUGCAUACGUUUGUGUUGUUUCUUUUUACCCACAAUGCAUUUUUAUUCCGCCACUUCUGCACUAAAAAUGCCUGUUAAGUUCUAAACUAAGGGUGCACUUUAUGUAUUUUACUUACUUUGUUGUUAUGAUUGUUGAAUUCGGAGAAAAGCGGGCGUGUGAUCAGGCUGACCUCUGACCAGUGAGACUAUCAUAGACAAUAAUAAUAUUAUAAUAAUUAUUAUAUGAUUUACAAAGCAGUGAUGAAUGACAACAUGAAGAGCAGCCAAUGUUUUUAAACUGGUGAAGAUGUAUAGACUUUCUAGCACAAGUUGUAUAUACUGACUCCUCUCGGGUUUGUGGGUGAAGCAGGUCUGUUUCAAGAGGCAAAUCAUAUUUAAGAAUCAUAAAGGAAAUAUCCAUUAAAGUCUCUAACUAAGCCAGUCUAAUCCACUGGUCUUGCACACAUCUUGAAAUAAGGUCAAAUCUACUGCAACAAAAAAGAAAAUAUGACUGAAGUUUCAGCGCCCAGAAAACUCCAUAUUUGGAGUUUAGGUGGUGGAAAAAGUGGAAUAAUGAGAAUAUCCAAGUUCUUUGUAUAUGUGGGAAAAGUUAUAGACCAUUUGUCUGUAACGUUUUAUUUUGGUUUCUCUGAUAAAGAAUAUCUAAAGAGGUUUCACCGGAGAGAUGCCCUACUUAUCUUUACAGAAAUGAAGGUAUAAACUGUAUUAUACUUAAUUUAAGAAUACUUCUAAGAUGAGGGUGUAUGGUUUGAAGCUGUCUAUGUAUAUUAGUUUGCUGUAAAUAGUCUUAUGCAUGUUAUAUUCUUUCCAUGAGCUCAAGCAGAAACAUGUAUAGCGGUGUUCUGACCCUGGUGUGGUACGACGUCCGGAUGAAGAUAAGGAGACUGCUACUUGAACUGUCCUUAUCAUUUUCCUUCAACCCCACCAGACAAAAAGCAAACGGUUCCUUUUAUUUUUAUUUUAAUGUAUUUGCUUGCUGAGCAGAGUUAUCUUGUCUGUAAAUGUGAGCUUUCAGAUCGCUGUGAUAAAAAGUUUAAUUAAAAACAAUAAAAAAGAA